UUGCCAAUGUGCGCAGGCGCAGUACGAUAAUACAUUUGUAGCUAAGGCGUAAUAUCAAGCUAGUCGAUUUGUUCAUAGUCGCUUCAUUAAUAUCCAGUUCAUGUUGACAUGUUGAAGCCCCGGGAGCUCCGGGAGCUCCGGGACUACAUUUCCCUGUUGUCGCUCUGCCGCGCGGUGUUACGACGUGUCGUAAAAACUCCGUCAACAACACCGAAAGCGAGAUGGACACAACCGAAGACGCCUGACAGUUACUUUCUUCAUCCUUGUUAUUAGCGUGCCUGACAUGUUCAGCUUCGCAUGGUGACGCCAGGCGUCGGCGCACGGGCUCGGUUGUCAAAAUGGAGGCAAUGGAAGACGAUAGUCUGGACGUGAAGGACGACCACAACCACAACUACUGUGCGAGCGGCAGCGGCGGUAAAGUCCGCUCGUAUCUCAGCAGCCGACUGUCGCAUGCAGCGUCGGUCCCGCAGCCCGCCUGUCCGCCGGUGCCGGCGGGGGAGCCGGCCACUCGGCGAGGGAAGCAGUGCUCCGGCAGGACCGCGGGGUCAAAGUUCGCCGACUCGGAUUCGGGCAGCGAGAGCAGCGAAGUCAGCGAGACCGACUGCACCGCUCCUCCCGCGGCCGCUGUCGAGGGGAAAUUCACCCUCGAUUCUACUUCCAAGUUCCUCCUGAAUGCCAUGGCCGUGGAGGAUUACCGCAAAAACCACUGGCCAAACCUGGAGAAGGCGAUCGACCGUCUGCUGAUUCAGAAUCCCACAGACCACAUCUCUGUCUCCUAUGCACAGAUAUACAGUUACAUCUACAAGUGUGUUUGUCAGCAGCACUCUGAGCUGCUGUACAACGAUUUGACGUCGAAGAUCACAAGUCACCUGCAACACGUUUCCACCCAUCUGCAAGCCAGCUCCCCUGAGAACUUCAUUGAGAACUUCAACGUUGCACUGACACAAUACAUAGCUUCCCUUCAAUGCAUAGUUCCUGUAUUUAUGUACUUGAACAAGUUCUACAUCGAGUCAAAGCUCAACAGAGACCUCAGAGAGGAUUUGAUGAAGCUGUUUGCUGUUCAAGUAGCAGAAAAGCACUUGAACACACUGAUGCCUCUUCUCAUUGAAGCUUAUUCCAUGCCCUUUAAAGUGCAGCCAUCUACAAUGGCCAGUGUAGUGAAAGGCCUCUACAGCCUGCGACCAGAGUGGGCCCAGUCAGCUCCAGCUCUCUUCUCCGGGUUUAUUCCCCAAAUCAACCCUCCCACGGUGGAGUCGCUCCUGUCCGAUUAUGCUGCACAUGACCAGAAGCUGCAGAUGGAGCUCUCCAUGAAUGGAUAUCCACGAGGUGACCAGUCUCGCAAGCGGGCCAGCGAUGACUCCUGACAGCAGAGCCGGCGCCGCCAGAUUGGUUUUGCGGAACUUCUACUGUGCCUCCCACGUCUUUAUCACAAGUUGGCUCACUGCACUAGGUACAAUGUUAACAAUGUGUCAGUUUCAUCUCUCUCAACUCAAGGUCACAAAACACUGUGAACGACAAAGAGAACAUGAUGUUGUGUAGCAGAAAGUGUUAAUUACUGCACUUAAAAAAAAGAAAAACAAUAAGCACACAGACUUGCAUUAUGGUGCUUUUCCUCUGCGAUUAUCAUGCAUCCAGCUUCAGUAUUUGUUGGAGGCUUCUCUGUGUCGUCAGACUGUUUUCAUAACGUUCUCCUCAGUUGAACUGUGCCUUCACGGCGUCUGUUUGAUCAGACGGGGGUAGGCUGAUGGUGGGUAUUUCAUUCCUAACCUUUAUUAUGGAAGUGUCUUGUGUGAAUUCUCUAGACCGGGCUAAUCAAGACUUUCUAUUGCUGCUAAUAAUACUGUCCUUGUGUUAAAUACUACAAAUCCCGUGGUUACACGCUCUGUGUGUGUAAACCAGUGGCUAUACAUUCAACACAAAUCAGUGAGGAAAGAAAUGGGAAUUAAGUCAUUGACCUCAACUAUGAUUCUCUUCUUCAUGUUGCCUUUACUGUGUUGGUAAACCGGAUUGUACUUUCCAGUUACGCCAAAGAGGAUUUGCAGUGCUUUUUUUGUUUUUCCUUUUAUAUAUAAUACAUUGAAUUCAAGCUGACAUUGUAAAUGUUGAAUGCUGUCUGAGUCACUGAGCCAUUUAGGUUUUUUAUACUAACAAGUUUUGGGCUUUGGUUGACAUCUUUGUUAGACUAAAGUCGAUUUCUAACUUUAAAUAUGACUUGUUUGUUUCAGCCUUGCAUGUAGGACUAGCAGGGUGUUUGCCAUGCAAGAAAUUACACAGUGCCAGAAAAAAGUGUUUUGUGUGAUUGACAACUUACCAAAAUCAUCCAUUUACUGUAAAUAUGCCGAACCUGUUGCUUGAUGGAUUUGAUUAAACAAAUGAUAUGCAAAUGUUGUUUUGGACCUGAGUCUGGAAUACUUGUGCAUUACAUUUUUCAAACCUGU